UUCUCGGCAGCAACAUCUUACUGGCCCUCGCUUUCCCGCCUUGACAUAACUCACCUCGGCUCCAUCAUCGCCAUUGCAGGUGUGGUUCCUGCGGGAUGGCGACUGUUGCAUCGUGCCUGGCACGAGACCUACACCUGGAUUCGGCAUUUCUUCAUCGCAUCCGUCGUUAUACCCGGGAGGGACUCUCUGAAUAGAAAUGUUGUGUCUUGGGUCCUGGCUAAUGUUGUCCGGCCCCGAAACAACACCCGCUUCUUCACGGCUCGCACCGAAACGAGGCUCGGGCGUGGUGAUGGCUCGGAGUCUGGGUCCCUGAAGAAGACCCAACGGGCCGUGCAGUAUCUGCCCCACUUCGAGACGCUAUGGUUCUGGCACUGCGGGAGACCCUUCAUCCUGAACCGCUCGAUGGAGAGCUUCAAUGCCUCCAUGUGUGAUCCUGGGUACGACGGGAUCGGCGGCGAAGAGCUCACCAUCAGCUGUCUCGGGAGAUCUGCCGAGCCUAUCCAGUCCUUCAUCAGGGCCUGUCGGGAGUACGCAGACCAGCAGACUCAGUACUUUGUCACUGUCUACUCAAGGGAUCGCUAUGGGAUUUCAUGGCAGCCCAAGUCGCGCAAGCCAAUCCGACUGCUGGAGACGGUGCACUUUGACGAGGACGUGAAGCAGCGCCUGUUGUCCGACAUUCGCAAGUACCUUGAUCCUGAGACCCAGAGGCGGUAUCGGAGCCGGAGCAUGCCGUAUCGCAGAGGAUAUCUAUUCUAUGGUCCUCCGGGGACGGGCAAAUCCUCAUUGUCAUCAGCCCUUGCCGGUGAGUUCGGCCUUGAUCUCUACGAGGUGAAGAUACCCAGUGUAGCCUCCGAUGCGGAUCUGGAGCAAAUGUUCCAGGAGAUCCCUCCUCAGUGCAUUGUGCUCCUAGAGGACAUCGACGCCGUCUGGGCGGACCGUGAUGCGCCGCACGAAAGGGACGAUCGGACCGCCGGGUCUGGGAGCCGCAGUCCCACCUCCAACUGCACCCUCUCGGGCCUGCUCAAUGUCCUGGACGGCGUGGGGUCCCAGGAGGGGCGCAUCGUGAUCAUGACCACAAACAAGCCGGACCGCCUCGACGGCGCCCUCGUACGCCCGGGACGGGUCGACAUGAGGGUUCAUCUCGGCAACAUCAGCCAGAAGUCAGCCGGGGAGAUGUUCCUGAGGAUGUUUCGUGUGGAUGCAGCAGAUGCUGCCAAUGCUGCGGCUACUGGUGGGAGCCCCGAGGAGUAUGACCUUGCCCUGCGCCGCCUGGCGUCUGAAUUCGCAAGGCACAUCCCAGAAAAUACCUUGGCCCCUUCCCAGCUUCAAGGCUUCUUCCAAUUGCAUCUAGAAGACGCUGCCGAGGCUGCAGCCAGUAUUGCCGCAUGGGUAGCCAACGAA